UAGGAUGGACAAAUGCGAUUUCAAGGUCUAGAAGGGAGCCUAACCUCACCCUAACACCUCUAAUGCUGUCAUCUUCAGGUUUCUUCUCGGUUCACAUAAUGUCAGGCAUCAAAGCAACUAAAUGCAAGGCUCUGUUACGAGUUCUGAUUCCAUGGGUUUUAUUGACCAACGUCAUGGUGGUGCUGUACUGCUUAAGAAACCCAAACCAAGUGAAACUCAGCGACUCCCAAGAAGACACGUGUCCCCUCGGUGUGGCAAAAUUACAAAACAAAAGUUUGAUCAAGCAGACUCACUCAGAAGAGUGCUCACCCAAAGUGAAUGUCAUGUUUAUGAAGACGCAUAAAACAGCUAGCAGCACCAUCCUCAAUAUCCUCUUCAGGUUUGGAGAAAAGCACAAGCUCAGGUUUGCAUUUCCUGAUGGGCGCAAUGACUUCUUCUACCCAUCGCCGUUCCUGUGCUCCCAGGUGAAGGACUACAAACCUGGAGAAUGUUUCAACAUCGUUUGCAACCACAUGCGCUUUGAUCAUCAAGAAGUGUCCAAGCUCCUGCCUCCAGACAGUGUGUACGUCACCAUCUUGCGUGACCCGGUGGAUCUUUUUGAAUCUUCCUUCCAUUACUACCACAAAGCAGUUCCCCUUACGUGGAGGAUCAGAGGUGAAAACAAGCUGGCAGAGUUUCUGAACAACCCUUGGGCCUUUUACAGUCCAGAGGCUUUCAACUCAUUCUAUCUAAAAAAUCUGCUCUUUUUUGACUUUGGUUUGGAUAACAACCUCAAGGCUGAUGAUCCUCGCGUCAUGACAGAAAUUAAGAACUUAUCAAGACGUUUUCAUCUGGUCCUCAUUGCAGAAUAUUUCGAGGAGUCUCUUAUUCUGCUGAAGGAUUUGCUCUGUUGGACAAUGGAGGACAUCCUGUACUUUAAGCUUAAUGCUCGCAAGAGCUCAUCCGUGUCUCAUUUGGAUGCUGAGAUGAGAGCCAAAGCUCUACAGUGGAAUGGGGCAGACUGGAAACUCUAUCAGUAUUUUAAUGGUACCUUCUGGGCCAGAGUCGAGGCAUAUGGGAGAGAAAGAAUGAAGCAGAAAGUAGAGGAGCUGAGGCGAAGAAAUGCUGAGAUGAAGGACAUCUGUAUUGAAGGCGGAGGUGCGGUUGAAGCGCAGAAGAUUCAGAACAGGCGUUUCCUGCCCUGGCAGCCGGUUGGAGAGAGUUCCAUCCUGGGUUACAACAUUAAGAAAGAUGUUGAUCCGAGAUUCAGGACAGUCUGUGAAAAAAUGCUCACACCUGAAAUACAAUACUUAUCCGAGCUGGGUGUAAGCCUGUGGCUCACAAGACUGUGGGGUUGGUUAAAAGAUGCUAUCUACUGA